AUGGCCAUAGAUUCUGGACCCAAUGCGGCCCGACGCGACGCGUAUACCAAUGGAAGGCCCCAGCCCCAGCCUGAGACAAGCACUAUGCCGAUCGCCAUCAUUGGCAUGGCCUGUCGGUUGGGUGGAGACGCCAGCAGCCCAUCUAAGCUAUGGGAGAUGUGCACUUCGGCGCGAGAUGCCUGGAGUCCUAUCCCACAGGAGCGCUUCAAUGCUAAAGCACUAUACCAUCCCAACAGGGAGAGAGUCGGUCGAAACCACGCGGUCGGUGGGUAUUUCCUCAACGAAGAUGUUGCACUUUUCGAUGCGGGAUUCUUCAAUUUCUCCGGGGAUGUGGCUAGUAUCCCCGAAAGCGUGGGAUGGGUAGAAGCUGCUGCACUGCCGUCGCCUUUCAUAGCGGCCUACUAUGCACUGAUCACUCUUGCUGCUCUCCAGUCCGGAGAAUCUGUACUCAUCCACGAUGCUGCCAGUGACGUCGGCCAGGCUGCGAUAGUCCUUAGUCAAAAAUUGGGCGCAACCAUCUUUACGCUCAGCAAGUCUUCAGCCGAGGCGGAACUUCUCACCAAAACACACAAUCUUGCAGCUGGCUACAACUUCUCCAACGAUGAAACCGGCCUAUCAUCCAUUAUCGGGGCUCAAACUGAUGGUCUGGGGGUACAUGUUGUCUUCAAUACACGAUCGAGUCCUCUGGUGGAUUCAACAUGGGAUUGCCUUCGUCGUUUUGGUCGAUAUGUCGACCUGAAUGGCGCCUCCCCCCUUGCUCCAAGGCCGCUCAAAGAGGUGCUACGUACAGAUACUGACGCAGCUUCUCAGAUUCUCCCGCAACCGAAAAUAUUCUCCCUUGACGAUCCGGAUACCACAUACCUCAUCGUGGGUGGCUUGGGUGGAAUUGCCUACACGGUCGCUUCUUGGAUGCUGGAGAAGGGGGCUAAAAAUUUGGUCAUCCUGUCUCGUCAUGCCGCCCAGCAUCCCAAAGCGGCUGAGCUUCAGGCUGUUGCACAGUCUCAAGGCAGUGCCUUGCAAAUCCGCAGUUGCGAUGCGUCGAAUGAGGGAGACCUAUUGGCCCAUCUGGCCGAAGUUUCUCAUAGCUUCCCCCCUAUUAAAGGUGUAAUCAACGGAGCCAUGGUGCUUGAGGAUUCCGUCUGGGAACGUAUGACACAUACCCAAUGGCAGCGCGCUGUUGCGGCCAAGGUAGCCGUGACCACUAAUCUUGACCGAUACCUAUCGGAUCUGUCAUUCUUCAUCCUACUUUCAUCUCUGACUGGUGUGGUCGGGUCCGCUUCGCAAGCCAACUACGCAGCCGGGGGCGCCUUCCAAGACGCCCUAGCCCGCCACCGAACGGCCAACGGCCUCCCUGCCGUAGCCUUGGGCCUCAGUGCUGUCGAAUCAGUCGGGUUUGUGGCGGAAACAGGAGAUGAUGCGCGACGUCAUAUUGAGCGACUGGGCUCCGACUCAGUCAGCAUAGAAACAGUGUUGCAAUUAAUCCAGGCGGCUAUCCGGGAUCCACUUCGCCGAUCUCCCGCGGAGAGCCAAGUCAUUAUCGGACUCACAUCUUGGGACCGUCUGGCUGAGAAUGCUGCCACGAGACGUGACCGACGAUUCAGUACCCUGCGAGUGGGUAGUAAGAAGACGAUAGCAGAUGCCGGAAUUUCAUCCGGUGAUGAAGCUGGAAGGAGCAAUUCCUCGGCAGCCUUGCUUCGGAAAUUGGCCGAAGGCCACCUAGAAGCCACGGAGGCACAGGGACUCUUCCUUGAUGUCAUUGCCAGUAAGCUGGCUAGUAUCUUCAACAUCGAUGCAGCGGGACUGGACCGGGAGGCUCCGUUGGCGCAGUUUGGUGUAGAUUCUCUGGUAGCAGUAGACCUGCGCAAUUGGCUCGGGACGUCGGUCAAGGCGAAGAUGUCGAUCUUUGAAAUUUUGCAGAGUCCCUCGUUGCAAGAGUUUGCGAGUUUCGUGGCGCAGCGCAGCGAAUGGAUGUCGCGUGGAUAA